AUGCAAACUCGUCUCAGCCUAUUGAUGCUUCUUUCCCCAGUCUCCGUGCUGGCACGCUACUACUCGGGAAUAAUUGCUGAAGCCAGUGGUCCAAGUGAAAUGUCUAUGAUGGCGUCUAUGACUAGCGACCCUGCUACGGGAACUACCGAUCCUAUGGCGGUUGCGGGCUCCGAAAACUCCACCACUACGCUUGGCAGCUCUCAAAUGCCGGACCUUUCCAACUCCACUGUGACUAGCACGAUGCUUCCUGGGCCAAGCUCUAACGUCACGUUGCCAGCGGAUGACAGCGCUUCGGGAAACUCAACUUUGGUGAGUGGUAACUCCACAGGUGCCAGCGCCUCGUCGAUAUCCGGAUCCGCCACAGUAAGUGGCUCAAGCACCAAGUCCGCUUCUCACCACAGUAGCACUGGUAAUGCAUCAAACUCUUCCAGCAGCUCAUCCGGGGUAAGUUCUGGUGCUGCUCAAGCCCUAGGUGUUCCGCUCGGUGCUGGUAUCCUAGCGGGCGCCAUGGCGUUUUUGAUCUAG